AUGUCAUCAACCAUGGUCACUGCUAUCACCACCAGGUCACCGCUUCUUCUUCUAGUCCUGAUCGUGGCUUUGGCGCUCGCCGGAACUUCGUCGGCAUGGAAAUUUCCGAGCCUGUGGCCGUACAAGCACGUCCACGUCAUCAACGAGUUGACUACGUACAAAGGUGUCUUGCACGUUCACUGCUGGUCGGGAAAAGACGACAGGGGACAUAUCGAUGUGGCUGUUGGGACGGAGUUUACAUGGAGAUUCAAGCCGAACAUCUGGGGGACGACCAAGUGGACGUGUGAGUUGUCCACGGAUGAUCAUCGCUACGCUAGCUUUGACGCGUACUGGGAGGAUAACCAUCAAGGGAAAAGGGAGUACAAACACAACAUAUAUUGGGUUGCUAAAGAGGACGGUGUUUAUCUUAGACUUAUUAAACAGAACGUAGAUCAAUACUGGACAAAGUGGUCGUCGGGAUUUAUUUAG